AUGGAGGUGCUAAGUUUGUGCUUGGUAGCCCUUGCCACAUUGUUGGUUACUUGGCUUCUCAAGCUUUCUGCAUCUUUUGGUAGUAGCAGCAAGGCGAAGAAACCGCAGCUGCUGCCUCCAGGGCCAUGGACACUGCCGAUAAUCGGCAGCCUCCACCACUUCGUGAGCGUGCUCCCGCACCGGAGGAUUACAGAGCUGUGUCGCCUGCACGGGCCAGUGAUGUUACUGAGGCUAGGCGAGGUACCAACCGUGGUCGUUUCGAGCGCCGAGGCAGCGGCAGUGGUGAUGAAGACCAACGACCUGGCGUUCGCGAACCGGCCACGCAGCGUGACGCAGGACAUCUACAGCUGCGGUGGGCAGGGCAUCGCCCUAGCCCCUUACGGCGAGCAGUGGCGCCAGAUGCGCAAGGUGUGCGUGGUGGAGCUCCUCAGUGCCAAGCAGGUGAAGCGGCUGGAGGGAAUCAGGGCCGAGGAGGUGAGCAACCUCCUCCAGUCCAUCUCCAUCACAGCCUCCACUCGAGCUGGCGGCGUCGUCAACCUGAGCGAGAAGGUGUCGGCGCUCAGCAACGACAUCGUGUCACGCGGGUUAUUCACUGAGAGGUGCGCUCGGCAGGACGAGUACCUCGGUGAGAUCGACAAGAUGGCCUCCCUGAUGAGUGGCUUCAGCCUCGUCGACCUUUUCCCUUCAUCGCGGUUGGUGCGGUGGUUGAGCAACGGGGAGCGCAACAUGAAAAUGUGUUGUGCCAGAAUGCAAGGCAUCAUUUCCGACAUCAUCGACGGGAGGAAGGCGGCGCAGCACGGCGCCGACUCCGAGGACCUGCUUGACGUGCUGCUCAGGCUGCAGGCAGAGGACUCGCUGCCGUUCCCGCUAACCACAGAGUCUAUCGGCGUCCUCAUCUUUGACAUAUUUACAGCUGCCACUGAGACAUCAGCGACCGUUUUGGAGUGGGCUAUGUCAGAGAUUUUCAAUCACCCCAAAGUAAUGGCUAAAGUUCAGUCAGAGGUUCGACAAGUGUUAGGUCCAGGCAAAGCUGUCAUCGCGAAUAACGACCUCCGUGAGCUGCACUAUAUGCGAAUGGUCAUCAAGGAAGUCCUUCGGAUGCAUCCCCCUAUCCCCCUACUCGUUCCUAGAGAGACCAGAGAGGAUUGUAAAAUCAUGGGCUAUGACAUACCUCAAGGUACUACUAUCUAUGUCAAUGCCUUUGCGAUUUCUCGAGAUCCUAAAUAUUGGGAUAGCCCUGAAGAGUUUAAUCCGGAAAGGUUUGAGAACAAUAACAUGGAUUAUUAUGGGACACACUUCGAAUUCACCCCAUUUGGAGCAGGUCGACGACAAUGUCCUGGGAUAUUAUUUGGCACGUCGACUGUGGAGAUUGGAUUGACAAAUCUUCUCUACCACUUCGACUGGGCGCAUCCUAACGGGGCAGGCGAGUCAGUAGACAUGUCCGAGAAAUUCGGUAUCGCCACAGGCAGAAGGCGUAACCUGCAGCUGAUAGCUAUUCCCUAUGUACCAUCCAGCAGUACUUAG